UACUAAUCAAAAGCCAAAGGCAGAGAUUAUGGGUGAUUAUUCCCAAAUGCGGCAGAUAGAUGGAUGGACACUCCUCUGCUUUUGGGUGGUAGUUUGCUUGGAAUGUGGGUGAACUAGAGAUGCAAACCAAAACCAAACCGGACAGAAGAGGCCAGAGGCAUCAUACGCAUGUAACUUCCACGGCAAUCAAUCCUGGGUGUGCUCUCACCACCGCCUGAAAGCGUCCGUCCACCGCGGCCGCACCUCUGCUCCCCGGACGGACGAGACGCCCCACCUCACUCACCUCUCUGACUGACCCAUUCCUCAAGAAAGCCGGGGAAAAGAGGUUGGGGAAAACGAGAGGCCUUGCCGCCUGGGCGCUCUCUCACGCUCAAGCACGCGGGGCGACGCACCAACCCGACGAAAAGAAAGAACUCUGCGGGCGGCAUUGUGUUUUUCAGGCGCCGCACCUAACCUUCUUUCCCCGGCCGGUGGUUUGUUUCAUGGUGCGGCGCGGGGCAGGGCGGGUGGGCGUGCUGUUUGGUGGCGGACAGGUGAGGUGAGGGAUGGCCGCCGGCGCCAGGGUGCCUGACCUCGGCUCCGACUUCGCCCAGAAGAUGCUGCACGACCUCCGCCGACGCCGCGAGAGGCUCGGCUUCUCGGGCUCGCCGUCGAGUGCCGCCGCCGCGUCUCGGGAUGCUUGCUCAAAUUCUCAGAAACCGUCUCCAAGCCAGAGGCCGCAGCAGGCAGCAGCUGCCCCUCGAUCGACUAGACCAGAAGCAACGACGGCACCGAGAUCAUCACACCAGCAACAGCCCAGCACCAGCAAUGCCGUCGCCAGCGCCGCCAGGCCACGGCGAGGGCGCCCUGUCGCCGCCGACGCCGACGCGCGCGCCAUCGUUCCGUUCCAAGGAGGCAGCGCAGGGGACCGCAAGACGGAGCAUGCCGUCGUCGCGAGCAGCGUCGACGUGCAGAUGGCCGCGCUGGCCCUCGCGCUCAGCGACGGCGGGAAGCUCCGGAACAUGGAGGUCGUGGCGCGCAACGGCUCCGUCUUCUUCCGGCAGCCGGACACGGCCCGUCCGGGCGGCGGCGGCGGCUACCUCCUGCCGCCGCCGCCUUCCGGAGGAGGUACAGGCACGCACGCCGGCGAGGUGGCGGUCGGGGUGCAGGACCUGAACGACAUGCUCAUGGCGGCCUACUCCUCGGGCGGGAGGAGGAGGCCCGACGACGAGGCCCGGAAGAAGCUCUUCAGAGGGUCCAUGGACAUGGAGGAGGCGCUGAGCAUGCUGGUCAUGCUCCAGGACGCCUCCAGGUACAUGGAAGGGUCGGGGAGCGGGCUCAAGGGCAAGGAGAACCGCAAGAGCUCGCCGGCGACGCGCUCCGCGAGGAUCGAGGAGAUCGUUGACGAGGAUUCAGAUGCCGAGCAGGCCAAACAUGCUUCCAUGCAGAUGGUUGUCCACGACAAAUUUCAGAGCCAUCAGAGUACAGACAGCAGCUCACUCAUUCAGUCUGGUUCAAGCGGUUCCAAGAUCAACAGUGCUUCUGAAGGUGAAAAGGAUGGCUCGAAGGUGAGGAUGCCGAGUGUGAUCGCCAAGCUGAUGGGGCUGGAGAAUCUGCCUUCGUCGACGUCGACGACAACGAAGACCGUCGCAGAGCGCAAGGGGACGGAGAGGUUUGUGAAACCUGGAGCUGUGCCAAGAAUGGAGAUCAAAGCAGAUGCGAUGAACCGCAAAUUGCCGAUACGGAUCAUAGCUUCAGAGAAGGGUCAGCACAAGAUUGUGUUGGCAGGGGAGUGGAAGAACAGCCUGACAAACUUUGGAGAGUCUGAAAUGGGUGCUGCUGCACUGUCAAACAGUUCAUCACACCCUGCACCUGGUAAUAAUAGCAGGCAAGGAAGGCUAACCAUGAGAGAAGUGCUGAGAAAGAUGGUGGCAGCAGAGAGAGGAGCCGAUGAAAAACAGGUAGCUGAUGAGAGGAUCAUCCAUGAGGACAAGACGGCUGCCGAAGAAAUCAAACUGCAGAACUCUGUCGACGUCGGGUGCCGCGCCGACUCGGGCAAGAGGAUGGAUUUUCUGAAAAGAUUCAGGAAGAAUUCAGACAACAGGCCUGUCAAGGAGGAGAAGCACACUGCUCAGGUCAAGAGUGCAGAAGUUGAAAAGAAGCAGGCCACGGGCAUGAGACGGUUGCUGGGGAGAGACGGCGAGGCAAAAUCGAGGAAGGCGAGGGAGAAGGUUAACAAGGAGAACCUUGCCAGUGCAGAAGCCAAGGCUGCAGGGAAGAAUGGGAAGACAGAUCAGGUCAAAUAUCAAGGACAAAGUAAACAUGUAGACAGACAAAGCAAGCCGAGGAAACCGCAGAAUCGUCGGGAAAUGCAGAGCGAAACGCCUAGUCGGAAGUUGGAAAACAAGAAGAAGUCACCGAUGCCAGAAGCAGGGCAUAUGAAAAAGAAGCCUGAGUAUACUGUAGUGACACACACACAACAGGAGAGUGAAGAACAUGCAAAAAAGAAUGAUACUAUCAGUUCUACCAAACCAGCAGAUAGUGUACGCGGCGAAGACGGUAUGUCGGAACCAUUGGCAAUGGUAGUGAGAAGUGGCACCGCAGCUGGAGCAGCUUCCUUGGACCAACCUGCACAGAAUAAAACUGAAGGAUCUGGCAAACCAGCAGAUAGCACACAUGGUGAAGACGGUUUGUCAGAGCCAUUGGCAAUAGUAGUGAGAGAUAGCAGCACAGCUGGAGAAGCUUCCUUGGACCAACCUUUGCAGGAAGUAACUGAAGGAAGUUGUGAUCCUACUCCUACAAUUCCUGUACAGACUGUUGUUAUGCAGGCAAGCGAGGAUUUGAAGUUCUUGGAUCAGAGUGCAAUUGCUGAGAUAAAUGAUGAAAGGAUCAACCCCACACCUAGUGAGAGUACACAGAUACCUGAAACAUUCACCGAGGAAGAACAACAUCAACAGCAGCAGCAACAAAUGAUAGUGAAAGAGCAACUAACCGAGGAUUUGAAGUUAUUGGAUCAGAGUGCGAUUCCUGAGACAAACGAUGAAUCGAUCAACAACACACCUAGUGAGGCUACACAAAUGCCUGAAACAUUUUCCGAGGAAGAACAACAGCAGCAACAACAAGAACAAGAACAACAAACGAUAGUGACACCGGAAGCAUUUACCGAGGAGGAAGAACAGCAGCAACAAAUGAUAGUGAGAGAGCAACUAACUGAAGGCUCCGACGAUCAUACCACAGCGUCCAUCAGUUCUGAAAAAUUGCAGGACCAGAAGACGCAUGUCAUUACAUGCGAUUCUUUGACAGAGAACCAGCUCCUGCUCAUGAGACUGCUGGUGAAGGAUCGGUACUUGCUUGAAACCGCAAAGGCGAUCGUCAGAGUCGAUGCUCCCGUCAGUUUCAUGGACGACGACGGCGCGCCGAACUGGUCGGACAAGGGCAGCGAUCUCCUCUCCGACGUUGCCCGGGAGGUGACCAGAAGGAAAGGCAAACGGAGCGAGGCCAUGGAGGAGGUCAGCGUGGCGCGCACCGCCAACCUGAGGCUGCGUUACCUUGACGAUCUCGUCAGAGAGCUGGACGGUGACGUUGAGAGCCUGGACAUGUCCAAGCGCAAGAGAACUCAGCAGCACGGCGACAAUCGCGCGGCCGAAAAUCUGCGCAGGAUACUUGAGAGUGACAUUCAGAAUGACCACCCCGACGCCAACUCGACGUGGGAUUUCGGGUGGAACCGCGUGUGGGAGCUGCCGUUGGAGAAGGGCGACGUCGUGAGGGAUCUGGAGAAGAACAUACUGGGCGGCAUCAUCACCGACGUGGCAAGGGAUCUCAUCGGAGUAUCGGUGCGACAUGGCUGUUGUCCCUGCGUGGCUUGAGUGGAGCUGAGGAGUGGGGCUGUGGAGAGAAAACUUUUUACAGUGAUUGAGGUCACUAGGUUAGGCUAAUUUUUUGAUCUGUACCACGUUUAUUCGCUGUAAAUAACUUCUGUGAGGUUUCUCUAUGUUAAGGAAAUAUGUGUGUUACCCCGCAAAAAAGAAAGAGGAAAUAUGUGUGUUACCCCGCAAAAAAGAAAAAGGAAAUAUGUGUGUUCCGUUC